AAGAUGUCGGGGCAGAGCAUUACGGACCGGAUAACUGCAGCCCAGCACAGCGUAACGGGAUCCGCCGUGUCGAAAACAGUAUGCAAGGCCACCACUCACGAAGUCAUGGGCCCGAAAAAGAAACAUUUGGAUUAUUUGAUCCACUGCACCAACGAGAUGAACGUGAACAUUCCCCAACUGGCCGACUCGCUGUUCGAGAGGACCACCAACACCAGCUGGGUGGUCGUGUUUAAGUCACUUAUCACCACGCACCACCUCAUGGUCUACGGCAACGAGCGUUUUGUCCAGUACUUGGCUUCAAGGAAUACACUAUUCAACCUCAGUAAUUUUUUGGACAAAAGUGGUUUACAAGGUUAUGACAUGUCCACGUUUAUCAGGAGGUAUAGUCGGUACCUGAACGAGAAAGCUGUUUCAUACAGGCAGGUAGCCUUUGACUUCACGAAAGUGAAACGCGGAGUGGACGGCGUAAUGAGGACCAUGAACACAGAGAAGCUGCUCAAGACGAUCCCCAUCAUUCAGAACCAGAUGGAUGCCCUCCUCGAUUUCAAUGUCAAUGCCAACGAGCUGACUAAUGGAGUCAUCAAUGCAGCCUUCAUGCUCCUCUUCAAAGACUCCAUCAGGCUCUUUGCUGCUUAUAACGAAGGCAUUAUCAACCUGCUUGAGAAAUACUUUGACAUGAAAAAGACUCAGUGUAAAGAGGGUUUGGACAUUUACAAGAAGUUUCUCACCCGAAUGACCCGGAUAUCAGAGUUCCUCAAAGUAGCAGAGCAGGUUGGCAUUGAUCGAGGAGACAUUCCAGACCUUUCACAGGCUCCCAGCAGUCUUCUCGAAGCUCUGGAGCAGCACUUGGCCUCUUUAGAGGGCAAGAAAGUCAAAGACUCCACUGCAGCCAGCAGGGCCAGUACUCUGUCAAAUGCAGUCUCAUCGCUGGCCAGCACGGGGAUGUCCUUCACUAAAGUUGAUGAGCGGGAGAAGCAGGCAGCUCUCGAAGAGGAGCAGGCUCGGCUCAAAGCCCUGAAGGAACAGAGGCUCAAAGAGCUUUCUAAGAGGCCCUCCUUCGCCACCACUGAUACAUCGCCCGUCUCCACCACUGGGGGCACCAUCAGCACAGCACCAGCCAUUGACCUCUUCUCUACCCCGAGCUGCUCUAAUGGUGCAGUGAAGAUGGAAAGCGACCUUUUCGACCUGCAGUCGACUUUCCAGCCCUCUGUGCAAUCAGGCUCCACAGGGCUUCCAGUGGCAACAGCAUGGGCAGAUCCUUUCACCUCUGCUGAAGCUGGAGAUGAUUCCAUGCCAAACCUUAACCCUUUCCUCUCAAAACUCGUUGUCGAUGCCACUCACUUACCUGUCGUGUCUUCAGACGGUGUUAGCUUUUCCUCUAGGACAUCUGGUCAUGAAAUGUUUGGUGAUCGUUACAAUCCCUUUAUUGACACAAACUCAUCCGUUUCAACCAAUUACAAACGCACAGUGCGGAUAGAACACUCCAUCUCAGACUCCUUCUGUGGUCCAGUGUCCAUUGCCCAGCACCUCCCACACCAGGCUCCUUUCCCCACUGAGCCCUCUUCUGUAGCAGGUCUAUUCAGAGGAUACUCAACGGCGCAGGCUCCCCCACAACAGUCAGCAGGGGGGCUCCAAGUGGACUUUGAGUCAGUGUUUGGAGCCAAAGCUUCCGGCAGUAACAGCCUCAAUUCUGAUGAUAUUGCUGGGGGCAUCCUGAAACCGACUCUUGCCGGCUCCAACCAGCCGUCCAGUCAGCAGCCGGAGAAGCUGGUGUCGGAUGACCUUGACUCCUCCCUGGCCAACCUUGUCGGCAACCUCGGCAUCGGAAACGGCACCAUGAAAAAUGACAUCCACUGGAGCCAGCCGGGGGAGAAGAGGAUGACCGGCGGCACCAACUGGCAGCCCAAAGCGGCGCCAACCACGACCUGGAACCCCGUCUCAAUGCCACCGUCAGUCAUGGCCUUCCCUGCCACCACACCCACAGGCAUGAUGGGAUAUGGCAUGCCUCCACAAAUGGGCUCCAUGGGGAUGAUGAAUCCACCCACCAUGAUGUACUCCCAGCCUGUGAUGAGGCCGCCCAACCCCUUUGGCUCUGUGUCCAGUGCUCAGAUGCAGUUCAUGUAAUUUGAAGAACAGUGUCUCUCGGAAGAUGAAGCCCUUAGCAGCAAAGCUUUGUCCUCGUUGCAGUCUAACUCUUCAGAGAAACAACAUUCACACACCCCCUGCCCAAACACAGACAUGUCAAGAACACAACGGGGCAAGGACUGUCAGAAACCAUGGUUAAACAUGUCCAAACGACCUUUGGCGAUAGCUCACACCCAUUAUUCUAUAACUUGUCCGAGACGUUGAGUGAUGCUGCUGUCUAAACCUCCCCCCCUCCCUUCAAAAGGAUUCUUUAUCCAUUUUACAGUGUAAUCUGUAAAGAUAGCUAUGGGUGCCGAGAAACUUUGAUGUUAUGUAUUUGGACAUACCUGUACUGUGGCUGGGUGUAGGGCUUGUAAGGCUUGAUGUUCAGGAGGGGAGGGGGGUGGAAGCAAAAGAAGGAGAAGCGGUCCUUCCCUUUCUUGACCCGAUCAUCCGUCAUCCAUUCCCUACGGUUAUUUAACUGUCACUAAGUAGUGAUGCUAAUGGCGUUUACACCUGUUUAGUUUUUGUCUUUUUUACCGUGUUUACAGUAGACAUUCCUUGUGUGUUGUUUGUAUUUAUUUAUGAUUAUUGGUUUAAGAUUCGGGGGAGAAAAAAAAAAAUAAUGUAAAAUCUGCAGUACAUUGAACACCUGUGGGAGUGCUUCAGCAUUAAACAAGGAUCUCAGACUAUCAUUGAGAGGUAGAGUAAAAACUAGCUAUUAUAUAAAUUACACCUAUUAAGCGGAAUGAUAGAGCACUAAAUAUUCUACGAGUUUUGUGUUAAGAAAAUUUUCUACUAGAUGAAAGAUUCACAAUCUCUGUUGUACGUAAGUGCAGGGGCUAGAGUAUGAGUCAGUUAACAGUAUAUAGUCGAUUCUGUGCCUAGGGUUUUUUGCAAUGGAUCAGUUUCCUGUCUAGUUGAAAAAUAACAACACUUCAUCCACGAAUCUGAAGCAUCGCACCGGGUGGUGGGCUCCAUUUGCUUUAAGCUUGGCAUGCCGUUGACUCACUGACCGUAUUCAAGGCUGCCUUUACUCUGAAUGUGAAUGAGUUGUCUUCAUGUUGCACACAUCUUUCCACACUGCAGCUCCUCAAGCAGGAGUCGGGAUGCGGGGCGUUGAGAGGACGGAGUGUGUCUGCUUGCUGGUUAGCCGUUGCUACUCAAAUGUGGAAAAGCGUCCCAGAUUUGAUGUAAAUUAAUUGUAUAAAAGAUCCAGAGGGCCAGGGGUGGAGUGGGGGAGCACUGUUGAUCGGUGCUGUUUGUAUAUAAUAACUGACUGUUCUUUGAGUUCAAAUGGUGAAAGAUGUAUGAAAUAUGAAAGCAAUUCAAUCAAAUUUGACUCUACCUAAGUUUGAUUCAGGAUAUUCUCUGCGUUUGUCUCCGCAGAUAUUUUCUUUAUGUAAUUAGAGCGUGUAGCAGACAAUGACUGAAGUCUCUUCUUUCUUUUACAAAUAAAGAGCAGCUUCCACAAA